ACAAGUUAAAGAGGACAGAGCUAAACUAGAGGAGGACUUUAGCCACAUAGAGAAGGAUAAAUCCACGACUUUAUGGAUAAUACCGCUCAACUUGUCGGAACAGUUGGAAAUGCUCUUGUGAAAGGCAGGUGAACUCUGCUCUCCUGUUCUCCCAGGGAGAUUACAGGACAUGCUUCCAGCCACUGAACAGCUUCACUUCACUUGCAGCUUUAUGGAAAUCUUGCUCGCACAGAAGAGACUGAACUGUACUACUGACAACAUACAGUCAGUUGUAGUCUUUAUGUGAUAUGAUCAAAGUGUAGUAUGUGCAACCUGUUUGUGUGUCACUAAACAGGAAUACAGGAUAGUGUUGUUAUAAUUGGCGCCCUUCUGGAGAAGGUAAGAGGAGCUGGGGAGAUUUGUCCAUACAAAGGCCUUUUGUUCCCAGCCUGCAGUAGAGGUGGAAUUGGAACAGUUUGGAUAACAGGAGUUGGGGAGAUGAACCUUUUGUGACAUUUUCAUCGGACACUUUGCUGGAGCUACUACCUGUUUUGGUUUGCUUCUCUUUGCUCUCAGUCUGGUGUCAACAAAAAUGGACAGUGCAAGUAAUAACUUAGAUGGGCCGGGGAAGCAGCCCACUAGUUCCCUCCUGAAUGUCUUUAACAGUCUUUUCAGCCGGGAUAGAUCUGCCUCUUCAGACAUGGAGUCGGCUAAGCUAACGUCUUUCAAGGAGCUGGCAGAUGGGGAGAACCCUCCUGUUGAAGGUGGUCAAACUACUGAAACAUUGGAAACCUGCAAGGAGUCUGGAACCUCGGUUGACCCAGAUCUGGUCCAGGUCACUAGGGUGGAAACGUACAGCGACACAGAAAAUGAGGAUGAAGAGGCAGCCCGCAGCAGCACUGGACUGUCAGAGAAGCUUGCGAGGACCAGGGAGCCUACCCUACCUGAGGAGGACAAUGACAAAGUGGACCAUGAUGAUGAAGAUGAGCCAAAAGAUGCCAGUGAGGCAGAGGCGGAGUACCAAGUACCUGUCUUUAGAACACACAGACUUAAGGAGACAUCCCUUAUAGAAUCUAUUCUAUAUUCAGACAGGUUCAUCAACAGAGCUGACUCAAGAACAGUUCUGGUUUCUUCAGUUUCCAAACAGGGAGAUGACUGCAGUCCCAAGGAGAGCUCCACCAUCGUGUCAGUGGAUGUAAAAACAUCUGGUGCUACAGAGAAUAGCGACAGUGUGAGAACAGAUGAGAGCGACGAGUAUGCUGGCAUAGAUUGUUCUCUGCCUGUUCCUUCCAUCAUCUCCGGACAUGUGGCUUCGGAGGCUGCAGGUCAGGUUGCCGAGGCCUCUCCUUUAAAGGACUUGGACAGUACACAAAAGGAGGAGACACAUGAGGAAAAGGAUGAGGCUCAGAAGGGGACUGAGGAACCUCAUUCCAGCCAGGUGUCCCCCUCUGUUCCCUCCAGCCCUAAGACUCCUGAAGUUUCAGUCCAAGUAUCCUCUAGGCCAGAGGAGCAGUCGGACUCUGCAGGUAGCGCUAAUCAAACCAAGUCGCUGUCACCGGAAGAGUCCCCAGGUGACAUCCAGCCAAGUGCCAGUCCUGCCUCACAGCGCACAACAUCUCCAAAGACACCAGAAACAAACACGCCACCUCCAGCUGCCCUCUCCCCUACGUCCACCACCUCUUCCCUAUCCAGGGGCGCGGCGCUCUCUUCGCCCUCUUCUUUCCAGAUGCCGGCUCUCUUCAGCGGAUUGCGGGUGCUGAAGAAAGGAGCGGUGGGGGAAGACAGGGAGACCAUGUCAGAGAUCAAGCAGAGGGAGAAGGACGCUGACCUGGCUCUGCUCAGCCUGAAGAAGUCUGUAAACAAAGCCAAGCUUUUCCCCGAGCAGAAGACACCCUCUCCAGCCAAAAAGCAUGCAGAGCCUAAACCCGUUACGGAAACUAAAAGCGGUGUAAUGGGACAGCUCAGUCAGCUGCUCAACCUUGACAACCAAGAUGGGUCCAAAAAGUCAGAUGACGUGCAGGAUGCUGAUCCAAACAGCAAAAAAGAGUCUAAGGAUGGAGAAGAGGUUGUGGGAGAGAAAAUUCCAAGUCCAGAAACCCCCACAUCCCAAGCGGAGAAAAAAAAAACCUCAGAUCUGGCCUAUGAAACCUUCAGGAGCAUCUUUGGCCCCAGGAGUGUCAAAAAGGAAAAAGUGGAGGAGGUGGAUCUGGAGGCAGUGAAAAAGAAAAUCAAGAAUGACAAGGAAAAUCUGAGGUCUAUUUUUGAGAGAAGCUCCAAAUCUCCUGGAAAGGAACUUAAAAGUCCCACAGAGGCUAAUACAGAGGUCACGUCCCCUACAGACAGUGAGGACCGGACUCCCGGGCGUCUGCAGGCUGUGUGGCCCCCACCCAAACCGAAAGAUGAGGAAGAGAAGGUGGGGCUCAAGUACACAGAGGCAGAGCACCAGGCUGCCCUGUUACAGUUGAAGAGAGAGUGCAAGGAAGAUCUGGAGAGGAUGCAUUCCGACUAUGAGCUCCAGAUCUUCCAACUGCGGGGUGAGCACGCUGUCUCAAUGUCGCACCUGGACGGAGUCAUUGCCAAGAUGCAAAGAGACAGGGCGUACAAUACAGGCCAGGAGCGGGGAGAAGUCUGCGACGCUGCAGUCUCCACUGCAGAUGACCCAAUCCCCAAGAUCUGCCGCACUGUGGGCAUCCAGACAGACAGGGAGACCUUCAUCAGGAGCCCCGAGGGUGACGGCGGCGGGCUUGCUCAAAGCCCCAGCCAAAACAUGCCUAAAAAACUCGACUUAGACUCUAUCGAACUAAAUCUAAAAGCCGAAACAGCCCCAGGGCCUCCUGGACCGCCUCCACCUCCACCUCCUCCCCCUCCCCCACCAGGCCUCUCGGGAGGACCACCACCCCCUCCUCCUCCUCCCCCUUUGCCGGGCAACAUGGCGGCUCCGCCCGCACCCGCCUAGCCACCACCUCCUUUCCCUGGUGCGGCUGGGCCGCAGCCCCCGCCCCCGCCUCCCCCUCCUGGUCUACCUGGAGCUGGUCCAACCUGCCUGCCUCCCCCUCCUCCAGGCUGCGGCCCACCACCUCCUCCCCCGAUGGGAGGCUUCAGUCUUCAGAAUGUGGAUAAGGCCCCACGGAAACCUGCCAUAGAGCCGGCCUGUCCCAUGAAGCCUCUGUACUGGACCAGGAUCCAGAUACAGGACAAUAACAACAACACACUGUGGGGUUCCCUGGAGGAGCCAAACAUCGUCAACACCAAUGAGUUUGAGGAUCUUUUCUCCAAGGCCACACUACAGCCGAAGAAGAAGCCCUUAUCGGACACUUAUGAGAAGAAAGCCAAAACUAAGAAGAUUAUCAAGCUCCUGGAUGGGAAGCGUUCACAAGCAGUCGGCAUCCUCAUAUCAAGCCUGCAUCUGGAGAUGAAGGACAUUCAGCAAGCUGUUCUUACUGUGGACAACUCUGUGGUGGAUUUGGAGACCAUUGAGGCUUUAUAUGAAAAUAGGGCCACUAGUGAUGAGAUGGACAAGAUAAUGAGACAUUAUGAGAAAUCUAAAGAAGAUGAAGUCAAACUGCUCGACAAACCUGAACAGUUUCUCUAUGAGCUCUCCCAGAUUCCUGACUUUGCGGGCCGAGCCCACUGCAUCAUCUUCCAGUCAGUAUUCCUCGAUACCAUCUCCUCCAUCCGUCGCAAGGUGGACAUCAUCUCCAAUGUCUGCAAAGAUCUGUUAGAGUGUAAUCAUUUGCGCGAUGUACUCGGUCUUGUUUUGGCCUUUGGCAACUAUAUGAACGGAGGGAACAGGACAAGAGGUCAGGCGGACGGCUUUGGACUGGAGAUCCUCCCCAAACUAAAGGACGUCAAGAGCAGGGACAAUCGUAUGAAUCUGGUGGAUUACGUUGUUAUAUACUACCUGCGUAAUUUUGACAAGCAUGCUGGCACAGAGAAGAGUGUGUUCCCUCUGCCAGAGCCUCAGGAUUUCUUCCAGGCUGCUCAGGUGAAGUUUGAAGACCUCACUAAGGACAUCAGGAAGCUGAAGAAAGAUCUGACUGCUUGUGAGAAGAACGUCCAGAAGGUGUGUGCUAACUCGUCAGAGGAAAACCUCCAGCCCUUCAAGGAGAAGAUGGAUGGAUUUAUCUCUGCUGCUCAAAAGGACCACUCAGCUGAAGAGGACCGCCUCAAUGUAGCACAGAAAAGGUUCCAGGACACGGUGAGCUACUUUGGGGUGAAGCCAAAGUCCGGGGAGAAAGACGUAGCCCCAAAUCACGUUUUUAUGCUUUGGUACGAGUUUUGCAAUGACUUCAAGAACACCUGGAUACGACAAAACAAGAAUAUCUCCAAGGAGAGGUUGAAGGAAGCUCAAGAAAACAUCAAGAAGAUCACAGCGGAGAAGAGAGUCGAAACCAAGAAGAUCAAUGCCAACAGUCUGAAAGAGAGGCUGCGGCAGAAGGAAGCCGGCGUGUCCUCCAGCUGAAUGAAAUGCCACAGCAGAAGAAGAAAUGCGGACUGCUGUCGGUAAGAAAGUCGGAGGAGAUGACAGAUCAGAAAGUGUGCAGGCCUCAUCUCUCCUGCGUUGACCACCUGCCUCAACAACAGUGCACCGUCCUCUGUGCCCUGUACGGACUCAAAAUAAAACCUCACCAGACUCUUUACUACUCCCACUGCCAUAUCUCUGCCCUACUAACAGCGCUGGACCCCCCCCCCUACAUCAAACUUUUUUCUCAUAGAAGCUUGGCCUGCAACAAGGAUGCAUGGCUGACACAACCGGAGUGAUGAGAGUGUUAAAGGCCAAAGGUUGAUCUCAUUCAUGCAGCACGGCGUGACCUCUGAGUGCCCAGCUUGUGAAAGGUUUCAAGGGGUCAGUGGGAUUCACAACAGUGCCAGCUGACAAGUCCAUGAGGUUCCUUCUGGAUCCACGAGAGCUGAGAAACCAUUUCUAUGUGAGGUGUAGACGUUGUUGCUGCCUGGAGAGGAAAAUCCAUGUUGACAAAACAAAUCUUUCUCUCUUUCUGGAAGCGGUAAAAAAAAAAAAAAAAAAAAAAACAGUUCCCGGUGUCGUUUUGCUGUAGCUAAUAGCUUCUCAUUCACCAUGGCUCAUUAAGAGUCUUGUAAAUAAGUCAUGUUGUGGAAUCGGCAGGGACCGUGCAGCUUUGAGGAGUACGACAAACGAUCUGCGCCGAGGCUUCAAGUGCAAAUGAAGACGUGUUGCAUAUAAGUGUGUGUGUACAAAUUAGUAUGCAGAAGUUUCCCUGUAUUGUAGCACUGCACCAGACUGACCUCUCCUGGGUGACGGCCAGAGAAGAGCAGGACCUGGCAGCGAGCCUCGGGCCCCCUCACACCAACACACACAAACACACCCAAACAUGUACUUUAAAACAUUAAAAACAAGUUUUAAACCCAAGAUAUUAAAUAUACAGUAUGCACACUUGGUAAUCCUUCAUUAAAUUGCUGUGCAUCCAGUGUGUCCAGCACACUUUUAAGCACUUUACUGCUUGCAGUAGUCGUCGCUCGCUAUAAGCCACACUCCCGUUAUGCUUUUCAGAUGUCUUGCACUUUUUUGCACCUCCUGUCCUAUGCAAGGGUAUGGUUUUCUUGUUAAUAUGAUUUAUUGUUUUGCUUCAUAUUGACACCCUAUUAGUUUUUUCUUUAUUAUUUCUAAGAAAGUGUAUUAAGCUCAAUGUUUAAUUUUGCAAAUGUAACCACGCUCCUGCAGUGUUCAAGAAAAGUCUAUUUAUGUAAGGAAAGAUUUAUUUUAUGCCAAAAUAACGUCAGCUUUGUUCCCUUCUAGGCUGUAUUUUUAUGAGAUGUAAUUGACUGAGAAGGUGCCUGAUAGAUCCAUUAGAUGAAAGAUAUAUUGUUGUGCCCACUUAUUUACAAGAAAUAGUAGUUUGCAUAGAAUGAAGACAGUUGCUUUUUCUGUUUUUUGGUUUUGGAGAGAUGAAGUGUAUAUUUUGGGUAUUGAGAACAUUUGCGCAUAUCACCUGAAGCCAUGUGAGUUGUUAUACCUCAGACAGACUUCCAUUAUCAGAGUAUCCGUAAAAACUGCACCUUGAAUUGCUUUUAUACCCUCCAAAGUCUUUCACGUGUGCCAUUUAUUUUGUAUAAAGAAAACUAGAUAUUUCAUAACUUUAAACUGCUAUGUUUUACUUCAGAGGGUUUGAAAAAGAAAACAAAAAGAGCCAAUACUGACCAAGGAACUGCUGUAGCCUCUACUGUAUGUAUGUCAGUUUAUGUAACCUUCAGUAGCUCUCAUAUAGGUGCUCUGUAAUUUUAUGGAAUUGUUUUAAAUUUCAAGAAUAAACUACUGGA